CUCUUCAGCCCGGGAUACCUUUGCCGCACCCAAGGCCGGCCUCCGAUGUUUCUCCAUCAGAUUCAGCCGCCUCCAGUGACGGGCGGUGCCAGCGAGGUGAGACAGAGGCAGCACAGCCCUCAGACGCUAGGGAAGCUCCUCCCGGCACACUGGCGGGCGCAGGGCGUUACGAGAGCCGGGCACGUCGGGAACGCAGCGGGGGAGCCGGGAGCGGCCUGAGGGCGGAUACCCGCCCUGAACGGGCGCAUGCGCGGCGCAGCGGCAAGAUGGCGGCGGCCGCGCUGUGCUGGGCGCUGAGGUCCUUUCGGCAGGUUCUUCCCUCGCCCUGCCCAAGGCAGGUGCGGAGCUACUAUGUGGACUGGAGGAUGCUGCGGGACGUCAAGAGAAGGAAGAUGGCAUACGAGCAUGCAGAUGAGAGGCUGCGGAUCAACGCCAUCCGCAAGAACUCCAUCCUUCCCAAGGAGCUGCAGGAAGCGGCUGAUAAAGAGAUUGCUGCCCUGCCCCGGGACAGCUGUCCUGUGAGGAUCCGGAACCGCUGUGUCCUGACAUCCCGCCCUCGAGGGGUUAAGCGGCGCUGGAGGCUCAGCAGGAUUGUCUUCCGCCACUUCGCUGACCAUGCUCAGAUGUCCGGGGUACAGAGAGCCAUGUGGUAAUAAUCACCACGUGGAUGGCCAUUCGGGCAGAAGCAACAAACCAGGCUCAUUUGUGUGGGUAGUUAAAGCAAAUCCUGCCUCAGAGUGCAGCAUCAAUGUCAAACUAAUAAGGGAAGGAGGAGGAGGAGUUGUGCUGAUUCAUUAAACUCGCUGGAUUACAGUUGCUGUCAGCUGACAAGCAGCAGCACAACUGCGCUAAACUCAUUUGUGUGAGAGGCAGGUUUGACUGUGAGGAAGAAGUUGCUACGUGAUGGUUCCAGAACUAAGCUGAGGUUUGUGGUAUGGGCAACAUUAGAAAUAAAGACAUACAGCACA